AAUCAAUUUAACGUGUAACUAACUACCUUCAUUACACGGGCUGUCCUUUGCCAUACCGUAUUGCUAUAGCUCUUCAGUACUCAACCCUCCUCAGAAGAAAAAGUCAUGUUGUUACGUUACUAGUAACGAGCUGAACUACACGUAGAAGGCCCGACAACUGCAUGACUGGUUUAAUUUACUUUACGACGGUUGACCUUCUGCUUGCUCACAGACAGCCAUUGAUGUUUGACCUUCUAUCACGAGAGAUCAAGACGGCUUCUAUACUGAAAUGCGGCAUAAUGGAGCAUUGAUGAGUGACAAGACUGACAAGGAUGCUGUCUUCACAUGCAGCUCAAAAAACAACAACAACAACCACAGUCAACCAAUCAAAUACGCUUUGGAGAGGAAACUUCAACAACGAACUCCUCGCGAACAACUGAUAGACCAAGGCAUCAUGCCAGCUUUGGCUACUGCUCCUUCUUUGUUGUCCCAGAAGACCAAAUUAGAGCGAGCAAAGACAGGAGAUUACUUACAAAAGAAAAUACGAGUUCGUCCCAAUCGGGCUCAGCUGGUGCAGAGGCAUAUUCUAAAUGAUGUGUCCCAGGCAAUUGACCCAUCGUUGUUAGCCAAUCAGAUGAAACUCAAAAGAAAGAAGCUUGAAGAUGACUUAAAUGAAAGGCUUGCUAUUAGACCUGGACCUUUAGAGCUUGUAAAGGACAAUAUAUUAGAACAAGGAACUGCUGUUGGGCUUGCAAUACAAGAAGGAAACAUAGACUAUACAGAGACAGCUAAAUCACAUUUACUUGAACCAAUCUCUCCAGAGUCAUUUGAUGGCUCUCCUGAACCUUCUCCUGAUGGAAACUCUCUCAUUACUCAAAUCCCACCAACUUCUAUAGCAGAAUUCUUCAACAAAAAUGCAUCUAAUAUAACGUUGUCUCAAGGAUCUCAGCCUUUGGAUGGCAAACCUUAUGAAGAAUCACAAAGUUUAAAGAAAGAGGGAAGGUCAAGAAAAAAAUCCCCCAAGCCAAAGUUUAAAAAGUACAAAUAUCAUGAAUACAGACCUCCAAAUGGUGAACUACAAAAAAGUAAUUUGCCUAUGGAUUCACCCUAUGCAUUAAUGCUCCAACAACAACAGCUUUACUUGCAGCUACAAGUAUUGUAUCAGAACUAUCCUCAAUUUGUAAGUCUGCCAUCAAUACCAGAAAAUACAGCCAAAAUAUCAAACAAUAACAACAAUGUAGAUGAUGAGAAGCCAGUGAAAAUAGAAGACAUGCGUGUUGUGGAUAUGAGAAAAGAACUCAAGAUGAGGGGAUUACCUGUUUCUGGAUCCAAAACAGAUUUAAUAGAAAGGUUAAAGGCCUCUCUCUCUUUUUCUGGUGACCAAGGAGUAAAUUCCACAGAGAAUUUAUCAAAUGACUCAAUGGAAAGCAACCAAGGUUCUCUAGUGAGUUCUAUAUCAUCUGGUUCUCCGAUCCCUGUAUCUAGUGUAACUACAAUAGUCAAUGGACACACUAAGUUAGGGAGGUCAAAUUCUCUUCCAGCACAUGAAGCCAGACUUCAACAAGUUCAAAUGCAGUUGAUGGCAAACUGCAAGAAAUUACAGACCCAGCUUCCUCCAGAGGUACAACAACAGCUACAGCAUCUACAGUACCUUAACCUGCAAACACAUUUGCAACAGUUACGUGUGCAACCUCAUACCAAUAUUCAACCAAAACCAAUACAGUUUAAUGUGCAGACAAGCAGUAGUCAACAGCCUGUGUCUGUUGCAAAUCAACAUCAGCAAGUAUCAACAAUGGCACCUAUCAAAAAAGAACUAAAUGUUACUGAUAGUUGUGUUUUUAGUCAGCAACAAAUCCAGCAAAGUUCGGGACAGGUGUUUACUCACUCAACGACUACUAGUGAUGCUCAAGCACCAUUCUUUUCACACCCUUUGUCAACUAAUCUGCCAAGCCCUGUGAUAACUAUGACACAGGCUACACCAUCUCUUAUCACAAACAGUGCUAACUUAGAACAGCAAAAACAUAUGCAAAACUUUUCACCUGCCCAGUCUCAGGGGUUACUGCAUCUUAAGGCAGAAGCAAAUAAAUUGAAUAUUGCAGCUAGUCAUAGUGAACCAGAUCUUAGUCAUAUGGAUAAACUUGACUUCAGUGGUUGGAAUCAAGGAAUGAAACAUUUAACACAUGAUAACAAACCUAUUUCACCUUCUCAUGGUUCUCCUUGUCAAACGCCAAACAUGUUUGCACCACCUGCGCAUCAUCACCAGGAACACAAAUCCAGGCCAAUAGAGUCUGUUGAAUACAACCCAGCAAGAGAAAAACCUGAUAGUAUGCAAAGGUCAUAUUCUGAACACACACAAGAAGAUGGUGGUAUCAUGAUGCAUGCUGUCGGACAAGAUGCAGAGAAGCAGCGUUCCAUGUCUGAACCUGCUAACCCAUUUGUCCACAGAAGAUCGUGCUCACUCCCUUCAGGCCAACUGUUCUUUGAUCAUCUCAACCCACCACCAAGUUAUGAGGCCCACAUGGCAGCCCAGAUGCAUAGAAAACUGAGUCAGGAACACAUCUAUCAACCACAGCAACACACUGUUCCUGCUAAAACUGAAGAUAUGGAUCAAGGAAUGGAUGCCCAACAGGAUAGAGAGUUAACCCAAGAGUUACAAAGGGUCAUGAUGAAGCAAGAUUUGGGUGUAGAUAAUGAUGAAAUCCUGGAAAUUCUAGGAGCUUCUGUUGGUAGUUCUGUCGGUUCUCCUGUUCAUUCGACUGCAAACAAAGUCAUAAUUAGUUCACCACCCAAUCAGCUGUCUCCUCAAAGGUUUGGCCAAGCACCUCACGUGCAAAACAAUUCUAACGUCUCCAAGUCUCCAAGUGCAAACUUUUUGGGUGUUCAUAACUCACCAAGCAACAACCAACAAUUUCAACGAAGAUUGUCAAGAAGCUGUGAAGAUGUAACAGGUUUAACAAGUUAUAACAAUCCUAAUAAUGUCAAUCCUAAGCAUGGUAUGCAGUCAAGUGCAGAGGGUAGCCUUGCUGAUUUGGAUUCUAUCAUAAUGAGUCCAGCAUCACCAAUGAGAAUAGAUUCUGAUACAGACCACCUUAUGUCAAUGUCCAAUAGUAUACCCAUACCCAGUAAUUAUGUUCAUAAAAGUGACACUUUGAGCUGGUUGGAUUUGAGUAAUUCACCUAUUAUGACAUCUCCUACUGGAGCUGCCACAGAAGUGACUUAUAUGAAUAGAGCUUCACCACCACCUACACUGUAUGGAGCAUCACCCUCUCUUCAUCAUGAACAAUUUCCACUGUCUCUCUUUGAACUUGAUGCUACCGGGUCUAAUAACUUGUCUCAUGAUUUCUCAGAAGCUAUGGAUUUCUGUGUAUAGCAGCUAUUCAUCAAUAAGAAUUAGAGUUAAUGUUUAAAGUAAAUAGAACAAUUUAAUAAGUAAUCAUAAGUAUGUACUGUGUACAUGUCCAUGCUGUGGCAGGCAGAGUGUAGUGGUGCAUAUGUUUAUAAUAAAGGUGAGUACAGUACAGUGCAUACCUUAUAUCCAUGAACAACUUUGUAAGAAAUUGCACACAUUUGCAUAAAUUAGUAAGUUCAGUAGACCACGGUAGACCGUAGACCUACAAAACUUUGCACUAUGCACUUUUUUUCAGAUAUAUGGUAUGCACUCUAAUACAUUUCUACUUAGUAUAAGAUUAACCAAAACAAUUUCUUUUUUUAUUUUGCUGUACACUUGAUAAGUAUUCUAAACCAUUUUAGGGUGUCAUUAUCAAAGUCAUUUCUAGUCAUCAUAUUCAUCAAGUGUUGCAAGUUUAAUUAGAUUAAGGACCUUUUAAGGCAUUAUUCAAAUGAUUGGUCAUAAUAAUGAUACAACCAAUGAAAACUAAAAAAAUCAGGACAUCUUAAAAGUUUUUUGAGUAAAUCCAUAUCCAAUGGAUAAGUUGAUGCUGUUAUACAAUAAAUUUAUCCACUGGAUAAGAUUUAUCCAUCAGAUAGGGCUAUCCACCCUUCGCACAACUGGGCCCAGUGGCAUGUAAAAGUUAGAUAAUAAAUAGAUAAAGACAUAAUAAGAGACAGGCCAUGUUAGUGGAGGGAGGAGAGAGCUGGUGGGACAGGAUCAGUUGUGUAUGUCACAAACAAUAAAGCAAUGCUUUUUUAGUGCUGUAAAUAAAGGGACAAAACUACACUCAUUGUCUCCACCUCCCACACUAACAAGGGGCUAUUUGUGUUUGAAAUAAUGUCAGAGAAUAAUAGGAAUAGUUAACAGUUAACACCUUAGUUCAAAAUGUUAAAUAAGAAUCAUUAAUUUUGCAUAUAGAUUGUUAUUUAUAAUGUACUAGAGUUCUAGAUAUCAUGUAUCUUUAUAUGUUAGUUGCUUGAGAGGGUUUUCUAUGAAUGAAAAGUUAUGUGAUACUUUCUGGAAAAAGCUUGCAAUUAUAUCUGUUAUCAGAUUGAUUAGUAAUGCUUAUAUUUUAUCAUUCAUAGGAAACCAGCUCUGGUAUUUUAUGUAAGUAUUUAAUGGAUAAAAAUAUCAAAAUAUAUGUAUCUGUUUAAAUGAUGUUUUAUAUUGCUAUCUAUAGUUAAUGUUUUCAAAACAAAACUAAGAAUUAAAGUAUGAAAAAUAAUAGAAUAAUUUACAAAUACUCAGCCUUGUUUAGUUUGGUACUAAAAUACAAAUGAUUUUAUUGUUACUAAACAACAUUAAAAUGGGAAUGACUUAUCUUACAAUAAUAUUUUGAUCAAUAGAUCCUAAGGAUAGACAUUUAAAGUGGUUAGGAAAAGGAUGUUUUCAUACAUUUUUUUACUUUAUUUAGCAAGUUCUUCCUAUUUUACAGUCAUGUUAGCUCAUAUGUCGCCAAGUAUUGUAGGUAUACUAACUUGGAAAUUCUUCAAUUCCAACAGUGUAAUAUUAAAAAUCUAGUUGAGGUUUGACUGUAGAGGACAACUAACUCUAGUGGUUAUAGGGAUCUUACCGUUGAGGAAAAUCACACCAAUGCUUGUUCUAAUCAGGGAGGUUCUGAUUGUAUAAUAUUUCAUCAAGUAUUUGGAUGCUUUUUUUCUUAGUGACAAGAAUCCCUGUGACAUUCAUUUAUAUCAUAUCGUUCAAGUAAUACAUUAAACACUUGAAAGAAUGUUUUAUCCAAUUUCCAAACACCAAGAAGUGAGUCGAAAAAAUGAGGUACUUCAAGGUGUUUGGAUAGAGGAUAAAACACUCUUUCAAGUGCUUGAUAUGGCUUUUCAAAUAUUAUUAAUAACUUUUGGAGAAGUUCGAAGCAUAAGUUGCCCAAAUCUUAUGCUAAUUCAGAUCACAUUUCGAAACCUCUUUCAUGCUUGUGAAUUUCUUUGUUUUGUUUUUUUAUUAAUGAUAUUGGCAAAACAGGAAAAAAAGGUUUUUGUCAAAUUCAAAUUGCACAUUAACACUGUAAUAAUGCAACUUAGAAAUAUGAAAUUGAAAAACAUGUCAAAUAACAUAAUUAUCAUUUUUUUGCACACCCUGAAAUUCCUUUAUUUGCCCUCUUAAAAUUGUUACAGUGUUACCUUUUUAAUAUUCUCCAACAUUAAAUAAUGUAAGUGCAAUUCAAGUCAUGAAAACACUGAUUGUAAUUAAUUUGCUUUUUUUUGUUCUCUUUCUAUUUUCCUCAACUUUAAAUCCAAUAUUGUGUAGUUCCAGAAAUUAUCCCCAACAGAGGAAUUUGGAAUUUCCAAACGGUGGGGGGGUCAGAGAAAGAACAAAAAUAACAGAGUUUGUAUGGAAGAAAAUUAUAAUUUCUGGGGGUAGGGGGGUCUUUAAAGAAAGUCCUCUGUAAGGGGUAUGGAUAAUUUUUGGAACUACACAUUACUGUUUCUACUUCAAUGUCAGGUUGUGUCCAUUUGCUGAAAUUGUUACAUGAUGUAAAGAAAAAAAUAUUCAUAACAAUGUGCCAUACUAGUGGCUUUGUACAAACGAAAAAUUAAAAAUAAAAUGAAUUAAAUAGAAAACAGA